GAAAUUAACUGGUGAAGUUUAUACCGGUACAAACCAAUAUUUAUAAAUCUUUUAUGAUUGAUAUAAUAAAAGUAACUAUGAAUAGAGAUUGAUUUGGUUUACUGAUUUAAACUUUAAUUAUUCAAGUUAACCUACUUGACUGGUGAUCAAUUAAUUAACUAAUUACUUUUAUGUAUAAAGAUACAACUUGGAGAUAUAACUUGGCAGUACUCGGAAUCAGCGAAACCCAUUGGACACAAACUGGACAACAAAGUCUAGGUACAGGAGAGAUGCUGCUGUACUCCGGUCACGAAGGGGAAAAUGCUCCACACACUCAGGGAAUUGCUCUAAUGCUGUCCAAAGAAGCACGAAAUGCACUUGUGGGAUGGGAAUCUCAUGGACCCAGGAUAAUCAAAGCAUCAUUCAGAACAAAGAAGCAAUGAACGUUAUCCAAUGUUAUGUACCCACCAAUGAUAGCAACGACGAUGAUAAAGAUCAGUUCUAUGAAAGGCUGCAAUCAAUUAUAGCAAAGUGCUCACGAAAGGACCUCACCAUCCUUAUGGGAGAUCUAAAUGCUAAAGUUGGAGUGGACAACACAGGAUAUGAAGAUGUAAUUGGACGACAUGGACUAGGAGAGACAAAUGAAAAUGGGGAGAGACUUGCAAAUUUAUGUGCAUUCAACAAAUUGGUUAUAGGCGGCACAAUAUUCCCCCGCAAACGCAUACACAAAACUACAUGGAUCUCACCGGACCACACCACAGAGAACCAGAUAGAUCACAUCUGUAUCAACAAAAAAUUCCGAAGAUCAAUGGAAGAUGUGAGAACCCGGAGAGGAGCUGACAUAGCUUCAGAUCACCACCUGGUUGUGGCCAAGAUGAGACUGAAGCUAAAGAAACACUGGACAACUGGACAAACAGCACUACAAAGGUUCAAUACAGCCUUCCUUCGAGAUAAUGACAAGCUCCAAGAAUUCAAGAUAACUCUCAACAACAGGUUCCAGGCUCUACAGGAUCUACUGAAUGAACAAGAUACUACGAUGGAGGACAACUGGAAAGGGAUAAAAGAAGCCCUAACUUCAACGUGUCAGGAGGUUCUUUGUCCUAAGAAGCAUCAUCACAAGGAAUGGAUCUCUAUGGGAACCCUGGACAAAAUUCAAGAAAGGAAGAACAAGAAACUAGCAAUUAACAACAGCCGAACACGAGCAGGGAAAGUCAAAGCACAAGCAGACUACUCAGAAGCAAACAGGGAAGUUAAGAAAAGCAUUAAGGCCGACAAGCAGAAAUACAUGGGAGAACUAGAAACGGCGGCGGAAAUAGCUACAAGAGAAGGGAAUAUGAGACAGUUAUAUGAUACAACGAAGAAAUUGGCAGGGAGAUACAGCAAACCAGAGAGACCAGUCAAGGACAAAGAAGGAAAGACAAUCACUGAGAUUCAAGAACAGAGGAAAAGAUGGGCAGAAUACUUCGAGGAACUGCUGAAUAGACCAUCCCCAUUGAAUCCAUCGAACAUCGAAGCAGCCCACACUGACCUUCCAAUAAAUGUCACUCCACCAACGAUCGAAGAAGUCAAGAUGGCCAUCAGACAAAUCAAAAGUGGGAAGGCGGCAGGACCUGACACUAUACCAGCAGAAGCACUGAAGUCAGACAUUGAAAUAACUGCAAAUAUGCUUCACCUUCCAUUCAAGAAGAUUGGGGAAGAGGAACAAAUGCCAGCGAACUGGAAAGAAGGAUAUCUCAUCAAGAUACCAAAGAAAGGAGAUCUGAGCAAAUGUGAGAACUACAGAGGAAUCAGUUUGCUGUCAGUACUAGGAAACGUUUUCAACAGAGUGCUGCUGAAUCGGAUGAAAGACGCAAUAGACAACCAACUUCAAGAUCAACAGGCUGGAUUCCGUAAGGAUAGGUCGUGCACAGACCAGAUUGCGACACUACGGAUCAUCGUUGAACAAUCAGUUGAGUGGAACUCAUCACUAUACAUCAACUUCAUCGACUUUGAGAAGGCGUUUGACAGCGUGGACAGGAGAACAUUAUGGAAACUUCUUCGACACUAUGGAGUUCAACGUUAUCCAAAACUCAUACGAUGGACUAUGAGCAUCAAUGAUAAACAAGGAGGAACGGAUGCAGAUGUAAAGGCGAGGAUUGGUAAAGCAAGGGCAGCAUUUCUACAAUUGAAGAACAUAUGGAACUCAAAACAACCCUCAACUUAUUUUAAAGUAACAAACUUCAAUAUGAACGUCAAGACAGUUCUACUGUACGGGGCUGAAACGUGGAGAACUACUACAUCCAUCAUCAGGAAGGUACAAGUAUUUAUAAACAGUUGUCUACGCAAAAUACUCAACAUCCAUUGGCCGGAUACUAUCAGCAACAGCGUUUUAUGGGAGAGGACAAACCAGCUUACAGCUGAAGAGGAAAUUAGGAAAAGACGUUGGAAGUGGAUCGGACAUACAUUAAGGAAAUCACCAAUUUGUAUCACGACUCAAACCCUAACUUGAAAUCCGGAAGGGAAGCGGAAAAGAGGAAGUCCAAAGAACACACUACGUCGGGAAAUAGAAGCCGAUAUGAAAAGGAUGAAUAGCAACUGGAAAGAACUGGAAAGGAAGGCUCAGGACAGAGUUGGAUGGAGAAUGCUGGUGAGCGGCCUAUGCUCCUCCACAAGGGGUAACAGGCGUAAGUAAGUAUAAAGAUAACGUGUUACAUGUUCAAUUUCAUUAUAUUGUUUUCAAAUGAGAUCAUAUUAUGUAAUCAUUCAGAAUAUGUAAUACGUUAGAAAAAAAGAGAAGAGUAAUUCUAACUAGGAAUUUCAAAAUUAUCCUAGUAACAGAUGUUAUUAAAAUUAUCAUCAGAUUUAUUUAUAUACAAUCUAAUUGAAUUCCCUCCCACGUUUCUUCCUUUAUUUAUUGAUCUCAUUCAAUUUUGAAUUUCGUAAUUGACUAUUCACUUUGUUUUAAGUCUUGAAAGUACAUUUGAUAAAACACUAAAUGAAUGCUACUGGAUUGGUUAAUUUAAUGGAUUUAUUUAAGGUACAUUCAUGAUAACAAAAUUUGUAGUUUACUAGUACUUCGUACACGGAACUGACUAAGUUCAAUUGUAUCUAUUUGCUUUACUUAUUCUCAAUGAUAUAUUAACUUCAAUUUAGGAUGUCAUUUGAACAUUGUGAAAUUCCUUAUGGUAUCAUUGAAUAAUGCAGAUGCGAUUUUAUGUUGAUAAUUAGUUGUCUUCAAGUCAUAUACAUAGAUAGUAAUACUUUAAUAAUGUAAUAAGCAUUCAGUAGUGAAACUUCAGUGAAAAUAAUUUCAUUAUGUUUUUUCACUCAUUGAAAAAUAUAAAUUUCUGGUACUAACAUACAUAAUGAUAAAGAACAGGUUUCGAGAAAUCAUCUAUCCUAUUUAGCUCAACAUAGGCUUUAUUAAUACUAGAUUUCCAAAGAAUUUUGACUUCUUUUUUUUGAAUAAUUGUCUAAUUAAUAUCGGUACAUAAAAAAGAACUAACUUUAAAUUGAAAAAAUCUCCACAAACUUCCUAUCUUCAUACUAAUUGUAUCCUUAAUAAUGACCGGCUUGAAGAUGGGUUCUUGAACAUCCAAUGUGUAAUAGUGAUUAAUAGAGUUCAGUUAUAUUGACAGUAAGUCAAAUAUCAUUAAUGACACUAAAUGAUAAUCUCUUAAUAUAAUGAAUUGACAGAAGCUGUAGAGAGAAAACAAUCAAUCAUUUAUUCUUAAACAUACAUAAACCGUACAAUUGAUUUAUCUGCCUAAAAAUAAUUACAAAAAAAAACGAACAUUACAGUAUUACUUAGAUUAUUAUCAUUUACAACGGUAUCGUAAAUGAUUAUGCAAGAAAAUACUGGAAUCAUAAGUGGAUAGAAAAUACUUAAAAUCACAAAAUGAAGAUAAAAUAAAGAUAAAAAGAACGAGUCCUAGAGUGAACAUAAACUCUAAGAUACAGGUAUAUCCAGCUGACGAGUCUCAAAUGGGACGA